AGCGCGCCCAACGGCUCAGCGCGCCGAAGGUUCUGGCCCGCUGUCGCGCGCGAGGCAUUGUGGGCCGCUGGAGGCUGCCAGAGCGCGCAGAGGAGUGGGCCGCCGGAGGGCUCCCGAUUCGCAGUCCAGGAUGAUGCCCACGCCGGUUAUCCUCCUGAAGGAGGGAACGGACAGCUCCCAAGGGAUCCCUCAGCUUGUCAGCAAUAUCAGCGCCUGCCAGGUGAUUGCAGAGGCUGUCCGAACCACCCUGGGGCCCCGAGGGAUGGACAAGCUCAUUGUCGAUGGCAGAGGCAAAGCAACGAUUUCCAACGAUGGUGCCACGAUCUUGAAGCUCCUGGACGUUGUCCAUCCUGCCGCCAAGACGCUGGUGGACAUUGCCAAGUCACAGGAUGCUGAGGUUGGUGAUGGGACCACUUCAGUGACUUUGUUGGCGGCAGAAUUCCUGAAGCAAGUGAAAUCCUACGUGGAGGAAGGCUUGCACCCCCAGAUCAUCAUUCGGGCUUUCCGCACAGCCACACAGCUGGCAGUUAACAAGAUCAAGGAGAUUGCUGUGACCAUAAAGAAUGAAGACAAGGAGGAGCAGAGGCGGCUGCUCGAGAAGUGUGCCAUGACUGCGCUGAGCUCCAAGCUGAUUUCCCAGCAGAAGGCAGCUUUUGCCGUCAUGGUGGUGGACGCCGUUAUGAUGCUCGAUGACUUGUUGCAGCUCAAGAUGAUUGGCAUCAAGAAGGUUCAGGGCGGUGCCCUGGAGGAGUCGCAGCUGGUGGCUGGUGUUGCUUUCAAGAAAACGUUCUCUUACGCGGGGUUUGAGAUGCAGCCCAAGAAGUACACCGACCCCACGAUCGCCUUGCUGAACGUCGAGCUGGAGCUGAAGGCCGAGAAGGACAACGCCGAAGUCCGCGUGCACACCGUGGAGGAUUACCAAGCCAUCGUGGAUGCCGAAUGGAACAUCCUAUAUGACAAGCUCGAGAAGAUUUACAACUCGGGGGCCAAAGUUGUCUUGUCCAAGCUUCCCAUCGGGGAUGUGGCUACUCAGUAUUUCGCUGACCGGGACAUGUUCUGUGCCGGCCGUGUCCCCGAGGAGGAUCUGCGCAGGACGAUGAUGGCCUGCGGGGGCUCCAUCCAGACCAGUGUCAAUGCUCUGACCCCUGAUGUGCUGGGCAGCUGCCAGGUCUUUGAGGAGACACAGAUUGGAGGCGAGAGGUACAACUUCUUCACUGGCUGCCCCAAGGCCAAAACCUGCACAAUUAUCCUUCGGGGGGGCGCCGAGCAGUUCAUGGAGGAGACGGAGCGCUCCCUCCAUGAUGCCAUCAUGAUCGUCCGCAGAGCCAUCAAGAACGACUCCGUGGUGGCUGGGGGCGGAGCGAUCGAGAUGGAGCUCUCCAGGUACUUGCGGGACUACUCGAGGACCAUCCCAGGCAAGCAGCAGCUGCUGAUCGGGGCCUAUGCCAAGGCCCUGGAGAUCAUCCCCCGACAGCUGUGCGACAACGCCGGCUUUGACGCCACCAACAUCCUCAACAAGCUACGGGCCAAGCACGCCCAGGGUGGCAUGUGGUACGGCGUAGACAUCAACAACGAGGACAUUGCGGACAACUUUGAAGCCUUCGUGUGGGAACCCGCCAUGGUCCGCAUCAAUGCCCUCACUGCUGCUUCCGAGGCCGCCUGCCUCAUCGUGUCUGUGGAUGAGACCAUUAAGAACCCGCGCUCCACCGUGGACGGACCCCCCGUGGGCCGGGGCCGGGGCCGAGGACGUCCUCACUGAAGAAGGCCCUUCUGCCCCGCUCCGCCCCCGUCUGUCUGCAGGGCAGGCACGGUUAGUCGGUGUUGAGGGGCAAGAGGGGACAAAUGCGCCUGGCUCGGUUCCCCUGGAAGGAUAUUUAAAAUAAAACUCAAGACCUA